AUGACUAUCUCUGAUGGACAGUACACUCUGAAAGCAAGUCCCAUUGUCGAAUACUAUGCCACCGACAACGGCCUCAACGAGAUCGUUACAAUUACUCAGAAAACCACUUCGACUGCUGAGCGGCAAAUUUGGAAUAUAUAUGCCGUAGAAGGCAAGCAAGAUGUAUACAAUAUUUAUAUCGAUACGUUUGUGGCGCGUGAAGGCUGGAGCUUGAAGGACGAUUCCGUUGUCCCCAAGGGCCCCAUCGAUACUUCUAGAGAGCGCAUUGCGGAAUGGCAUAUCACCCCCCUGGAAAAUGGUCGUCCUUUUUCCUACACCAUUCGACCAGUCACCAAGGCUGUCGGCGUUGACUAUUACGUUUCCGCUAACAACGAGUCCCAAGUCGUUAUUCAGGCGUUGCCCAUUGGUGACCCGAAUGUACCGUACUGGCAAAUCCAACCGCCUCAUCAUUAUUAA